GCAACAACAACAAAGAAACUUCUUCCUCAUCCGGCUAGUGAUCGAAAAGAGGGCAGUUUUCGUGCAACUGCAAUCAUGAUGGGUUGGCAGCAUUAUCUUUAUUUAUUUGCUGUUGUUGAGUUGAAACUAUGUUAUUCUUCUGAAAUGGAGCAGAAUCUACCCAGAGGCCAUUUGCAGCCUUUAGGAGGUCAUGCUGAUCCAGAUACCGUUCCUGAAUUUAACCCAGGCAGUUAUCCAACGCCGGAAGAGUUUUGGAAGAAAUUUGUCAAACCAUCAAAGCCUGCAGUUUUUAGGGGUGCUACCAAGAGUUGGGGAGGUUAUACUAAAUGGACCGACGAAUAUUUGAUUAAAAACUAUGGGGAUUUUGAGCUGCGACUCGAGGGACGGAAAGAGAAAUUUGGCAGAACACCAUAUGGAGUUUUGGGUGUUGGAAGGGACACAAUGGAGCAUUUUGUAAAGAAUUAUCAUAAUCCAGACCACAAGGGAUAUAUUGUAACAGAGUUACCAGAGCCAAUGUACCAUGAAGCUGGCGUGUUACCAUUUAUGACUUGUGGAACAUUUAGGCAUCGAAUGGUGGAGGUCGAUUUCUGGAUGAAUGGUGGGAAUGCAAGCAGUGUCUUACACAAAGAUGCUUUUAAUACAAUGAACUGUCUUUUAAAUGGGACCAAGGAGUGGAAACUGAUUGCUUUAGAGCAGGAGAAGAACAUCUACAAGGCAUGGGAAGCUGCCCCUUCCUUUGGAGGAUAUUCUAAAAUAAAUGUGCAUUCUGUGGACUUACAUAAGUACCCAAAGGUUUCACAAGUGCCAUGGCAAUUUACAAAGAUUGAGAAGGGAGACUGUUUGUUUCUCCCCAAAGGGAUGUACCAUAAUGUGUUGUCAUAUGGAUCAAACAAUGUUGCUGUUGCCCUGUUGUUUUCCAGGUUUGACAGGUACAAGAAAAGAGAUCUGGAUUUUGGUGACUGUGACAAUGUGACCCAAGAAUCAAAGCCAUUAAGUGAUUUUAUUGUUGAUUGGAUGUACCCAGGUAAAGGAGAUCUCUCUAUGGGAAAUGCUGACCUUGAAGAUGUUAGAGCCCAUAUGCUUGAAUCAUUAAAUAAGGACGAUAUUUAUACUUUGAAAUUGCUAGCAUCUGAGGUUAGAGAAAUUUAUCAAGAAAAAGACCUAGAAUUUGUCAAAGAUUAUGCUAAAAAGGCUUACAAGGCCUUGACACAGGGAAAGAAAAAGUUAACUAAGGCGAUGAUAAAGCAAUUCACAAAGGAACAAUUAAGAGUAGCAGCAUUAUGCUUUGAACGUGUGCAUCCUUCUAAUGCUCCUUGGAAUGAAUAUCACCAAAUCAAUCCAGAUGGAAUUAAGCGCACCAUUCUAAAGUACUUGAAGAAAAAUAAAGGCAAGCUAACAAGAAAAGAGUUUCUUGACAUAUAUGUAAAUGGCAUUGAAGGGUCAACAGUCUUUGGAAAUAGGUUUUUUGAUCUAUUAGGAGGAAAGGAUUCUGAUGAAGUGAGUCAAGAAAAUGCUAAAAAUAAUUUGCCAAAAGCCUUGGAGAAAUAUUAUUUCCAUCGAAUUGAAGGAGAAGAAGCUGCUAGUCCAGAUAUUUAUAAAAGUGCAGAGAAGCCAAAGGACUAUGAUGAAGGAGAUGUUGAUCAAAUUGCAAAGGAAGAUUCAAGGGAGAGGACUCGUAGAUAUCUUGAAGAUGAUGAUGAAGUUCAAGGGUUAGAAGAUGGUGAUGGAGAAAAUGAUGAUGGAAGGGAUGAGGAGGGUGAUGAUGACAGAGUAGAAGAUAAUAUUGAUAGUUUGAUGGAGCCUGAGGUUGUAUAUGGAAACGAAGAGAACUCAGCCUUUUUUGGUCACGAUGAACUUUGAAAUAACAGUUUCUUACUAGCCUGUUUACAUCAGUUAGAUUCAUGGCAAUCUGGUGGUCUGUACAGUUUGAGAAAUUUGUAUGAACCCCGUGGGAGUAUGCAUCCCUUCCUUUUUAUAACAGAUGGGUUUUUGUAGUUUAGUGUAAACAACAUUUUUAAUCAGUUGUUUAAUUAUUCAGUGUUUUUAUUUAUAACUGUAAAUAUCCUUUUCACAGUAAGCUACCUUGUAGUGAGUGACCUUACACUAAGAGUUAGAGAAUCAUGAUAAGUAAAAUAAGACAAAGGUGAACAUUGUCUUGCUCAACUUGUUUUGAAUUAUGCCAGAGGAUUUUUCUAAACAACUUACAAUUUUGCCAACCAACUGAAGAUUUUACAAAUCAAAUUAUGAAAUGGCGUUUGUUACAACCAAUGACACCCUUUCAACUAGCCCCCUGAUCUUACCUUUGUUUUGCUACCAUUGCUCACCUUUGUAUCAAAAAAAUAAUCAUGCAGUUAUUAGAAUGUUGUUUGCUGUUGAGCAGAUUCAGCAGUGUAGCAAGGGGGCAAGUGGGCGGUAGCUGCUGAGAAAAGUGCAAAUUUGCAACAAAAUCAGAAUCUCAGGGGGCAGGGGAUAUUCCAAAAUAAAUUAGAAUGGGAAUGGGAUUCAACAAGGGAAAAUAACAAAAUCAAGAAAUGUCCCUAAACUUAUAGUUAAUAUCUCCUAUCUUGACUACCUGCUAUCUUUGGAAUUUGAGAAUCUCAAAUGUAUUUCCAUCUCCUGUUGUUUUGAUACCAGGGUUUAUAUAGAAAAGUCACUGGCUAUCUUGAGGCAUUUCCAAUACAGUAAACUCUUUCUUUACCAAUAAUGAGGCUCGAAAUGGUGGAAUUGAGAAAAUAGGAAUAAUUGCCAGGCUCAAAAUUCAUUGACAA